AUGCUAAGACAAAAUCAUAAGCGAAGCAGGUAAGUCGUAAAAGGUAACACAUUUUAUCAAACUCUGUAGAAAUUACAUACACAAUUUAUUUAAAAGAAAUAAAAAUAAUUUAAUUUGAGUUGCCCUUGACGAGUGCCACAUUGUGCGUACAUAUACACCGGCUGGCAUACAGUUGUCUUGCCACAGCAAAUAGUUUGACAGUAAAUGAAAGUUGUAAUUGGUAGUUGAUGAAGCAGAAAUAUUUUAUUUGCACAUGUAACGUGCCCUGUAAAUUAAUAAAAGAAAGUCAAGUGGCAGGUUUUCUAGAUGUCAAACCAAAACAAUGACAAGAAAGGUGCGCGGAUAGAACUAGUAUUGUAGUGUAUGUUCAGUGAUGCAAGUAAUCAGCAUUUAUUGCAGUAAUGUUGCAAAACUCAACUGAUUUGAUGAUUUCCGAUAUAUAUCGAUGGGCAAUGAUUUUCUGUGCUACAAUUAUACUUCCUGCCUCAUUCCUAUAGUAUCCCGACGAACUAUACUAAUGUUAGACAGUUUUCCACGCCAGCCACAUCAUAACAACUCUCAAUUAUUUUUCACAAACUUUUAAUAAACAGUUGGCGGUAUAUAAAACAUCAUGCAUGCGAGUAUCUUUUUACCAAUAUGCAUGUAUAUAUACUACAGAAUUCUUAUAGAACUAAGACAGAGAAAUUCUAGAAUUGUCGCAAUUGACAAACCAUGCAUUGAUGCCUAUCGAUGACCCUGGCUUUGGUAGAGUCAGACUGAUUUAACUUGAACUGUGUAUCAGUUUAUUUAGGCAGUGCCACAACCAAACGAAAUGAAAAAGUAACUUUAAUGUAAAUCAGUGUAUUUAGCUGUGUGCGUCACAGGCUUAAUCAUAUGGAGGGCAAAAUUACUCAAAUAUGAUUGGCUAAUGAGGAGGGCACUUUUCCUUAAUUUAGGGCAAAAUUACUUGUACCUGAUUGGCUGAGACGCAAGCGCGAGAAGUUUUUUGUUUUAAUUAAAUCGCAAUAAAAACAAUGGCUUCUCGCUUUGUCGGCGUCGCGCAUAAUGAUGUUAUUGAAGAAUUAAAAACUUCUAGUAAAAUCUUGAACACUAUAGAAAAGUACAAAUUUAUUGCCAUUAUUGGUUCGAGUAUUUAAGAAAUGGGCAGACAGGGCAGCAUUAAGAAACAUCGGCGAAGACAUGGAGACAUAGGAGGUUCAAGAACUUGUGACAAGUUCACAAUUAACUUACGAAUAAAUUUUGCCCUGUAUGAUUAACAAGUAAUCGCAUAGUUCCUCGUAAAAUUAAGGUUUAAUUUCGCUUGUGUUUUCAAAGUUUCACAAAUUUGUGAACCUUUGAAAACACGCGUGAUAUUAAACCUUAAUUUUACUCGGCCCCAUGCGAUUACCUAUACUAAUCGUGUAUACAUAAACUUAAAUUACCCGAUAUUAAAAGGGGUGCAAUUUUAUCGAAAUACACUCACGGCAAAAGCGCCAGAACCAAAGUUGAACACAAUUGCAACAUUGUUCACGCCUGUCGAUAUCAACUUGGAACAACCUGUGCGUUUUUAGCCGUGUAUAUAAUACGGUCUUUUAUCUUUUCCAGUUACGUUGUUACACCGAAACAGAUAAUGACAGCUGAACUGAACGACAAGAUUGUGGAGUCUGUCAAUUCCUUAAUGCUUGAAGAUAAAGCGAGGACUCGACUGGUGCUCGAUAAGGUUUCUCCGUUAGUACAUGAAGUCUUCAUUGCUCUGGCAAACUAUGAUGUCAGAUUUGAGUUCAGCUCGUUGUCUCUGAACUCAUGCAAAGUUGAAAAGGUUCUAGAGAAUGAGUACAAUGUCCUGUGUCCUUUGAAAGAGUUACCUGAAGAUGAUCUGAGAUUGGAAGGAAAGGAUACAAAUGGAGUGUUGACUGUGCGAUUAAGUCGCACAUAUGAAGACAGGUAUAUAGGUGAAAAUAACUGA